GGCUGGUCACUGCCGUACUUGACUAGAUUUCGGUAAAAAAUUUAGAAAAGCGCCAUCUGCAAUCCUCUUCCUAAAGUAUUUAAUAUCUUCAAGUGAUAAUAGAUGGCUCUUUAAUCAAAAAUUAACUUCCAUAAAAUAUCACUAAAAUUAUUGAAAUCUAAAAAUUAUUUUAUAUAUUAGUAUUACGUAGGAAAUCUAUCAAUUAUUUUUAUUAAAUCUGUACACUAUUUUAUAUACAUAAAUUAUUUUUCUAUAAUUAUUUUUUUGGUUGGCAAUAAACCGUGCCAACUGCCAAUGCUGAAGUUAGAAUUUGAAUUUUAAUGGCGAGUACAGUACAUACAAUUUGUGUGUUAAGUUUUCGUCCAUUUAAGUGUUUUCUGCUGUUGACUUGCGUUGAUUUGAGUUUUACUCAUCCGCUGUGUUUUCGGUGAAUUAGUGAGUGAGUUGAGCUGUGCUCCUCUGUUUCAUUGUUUCACAUAACUUGCGAAAAGACGCCAUUAGUGUUUAGUAUUAUUUGCGAUAAAGACGCCUUUUGUGAUAUUUGUGAAAUAGACACUGUUAUUGUGUUAUUAGCGAUUAGAGACGCUUGUUUGAGUGCAUAUAAUCAUGCCGAGGCGGUGCGAAUUGGGAUGUUCACACAACCCGGGUGUGACACAACAUCAAUUUCCACACCCAGAAAAGAAUCCUGAGUUAUUCAAAGCCUGGGUUAAUAUAGUUGGUGGAAAACUGGAGACUGCAGAUGAUAUCAAAUUUUACAGAAAGCGAGUCAUCUGUGACAUACAUUUUGCAGACAAGUUUAAGAAUCGCAACAACCGUUUAAAUAACAUAGCUGUUCCUACUCUCCAUCUUCAGGGUGCUCCAUCACAAGAUGCUCAUAUGCCUCCUGCAACUCCACAUAUACCAACUGAACUUCCUAUGCCUGAACAUAAUAUAUGGAAUCUGCCUUCUACAUCAAAGCAAAUAGUCACUGGUGCUCCAUCACAAGAUGCUCAUAUGCCUCCUGCAACUCCACAUAUACCAACUGAACUUCCUAUGCCUGAACAUAAUAUAUGGGAUCUGCCUUCUACAUCAAAGCAAAUAAUCACUGCUGCACCUCCCAAUGCGUGUGUUAUAGCAGCAGAACAUAAUUAUUGCAGUAAACAUGGUAUACAACAAAGACGGAAACUUAAAGGAGACAAAAAAAAACUGAAAUCAACUUCAUCGCUGGAGAAUGAAUUAAAGAUUUCAAGAUUCCAAAUGAAGAAUUUAAAAACCGAAAUUAUUCGGUUACGUAAACGGAGUAGUAGUUUGAAAGAAAGAUUAGCCAGCGUUGAUAAAAUUAGCAAUACAAAUUGUUUAAAAAAUAACGAGAAAUAUGACAACUGCAGCAAAAAUAUUCACAAACAUGCAGUACACCCAAACUCACAAGAGAGCUCGUGGGCGGAGGUUUACUUUAAAGGAAAAGUUUUGUCUCUCUCCAUGUACAAAAAGAGUCCCAAGAGUUAUACUCUUUUAUAUAAAUACUUUACAUUGCCCUCUAUAAAAUCAUUAAAAAGGCUUCUUGCGAAAAUUGAAAUAGAGUCGGGGCUAAAUAAGUUUUAUUCAUAAAAUGAGAAAGACUGU